AUGGGUGCAGUGACUUAUGAUGACGUGCACGUGACCUUCACUGGGGAGGAGUGGGAUUUGCUGGAUCCUUCCCAGAAGAGUCCCUACAAAGGUGUAAUGCUGGAGACCUACAGCAACCUCACUGCUAUAGGCUACAAAUGGGAAGACCAUCAUAUUGAGGAACAUUGUCAAAGUUCGAGAAGACAAGAAAGGGUUCCAAGAUGGCCCUGGGUGAUCAGAAAAGAAGCCAGAACCAGUCUCUUUGAUAAAGCACCAUGA